AUUGUUACUGUCAGCCUCAUUUUGGGUCAAGUAGUAAAAAUCGGUGAACCAUCAGAUAUGGUACCGUGAUAAAUCACAUAUUUGGGACAGGGGUGAUUUCAGGGAUGAUAUUGGGACUAGAGGGAUAAUAUCAGGGAUAAUAUGGAAUUCAUCCCAGUGAAGUUUCUUUGGGAUAACAGACUGCAUACAAUGAGGGACUCAAAUUUUGUGAUAAUUAGCUUGUGUUUUUCACUGUUGCUUGUGACAUCAUCAGUAACGGCAAGGAAUAAUGACAAAAUAGCACAAAAACUGUUGAAGAGGUUCACUGAUAGUUUGAAUGCAAGAGAUUGGGAUGCUGUUAGUGAUUUAUAUACUGAUGACGCCACUCAUGCUACUGCUACACAGCCGUAUAUCAUUGGGAGAGAAGCAAUUCUGGCAUAUUACCGUAAAAAAGCCAAACAGGGUUCUGAUAUUGAGCUGAGUUUAGACUUCUUUGAAGGCAGCAAUAAGUUUGUGAUAGCUGGUGGAGUUGGCAGGAUCUUAAAAGAUGGACAGCAGGUGGCAGUAAACAGAUUCAUGAAUGUGUAUAAAAAGACUGAUGGUAACUGGAAGAUAUGGAGAUCUAUGAUCACUGCAGUCCCUGGUUUAGAGUUGGUACGUCCUGGCAUUUAAAAGAUGGAGAAGAAACAAAAUACAAAUGUACAUAUAAACACUAAUAAAGAGACAAAUUCGCA